AUGAGUAUGUUAUCUACAGUACAUAAAGUAUUUGAUCCUUUUGGAUUCACUGUACCAGUGAUGCUUUGUCCAAAAAUAAUGCUACAAAAGGCAUGGAAAUUAGGUACAAGUUGGGAUGAAGAAAUAACUGGCGAGCUUCGAAAAGAAUUUCUACAGUGGUUUCAAGAACUUAAGCAUUUGUCUGACAUACAGAUUCCUAGGUGUAUCCAAGCAUCUUCAAAAGAUAUAAGUAACUGCACUAUUCAUACGUUUGUUGAUGGAAGCAAAGAUGCAUAUGCUGCUAUUACAUUCCUUAGAAUAGAAAAUAAUGGUCGAAUCGAGCUAUUUCUACUUGCAGCGAAAUCUCGAGUGGCUCCUUUAAGAGGCACAACUAUCCCAAGAGUGGAACUUCUUGCGGCGGUGAUUGGAGCGAGGCUAGCGAAUUCAGUUGUUGAAGCUCUUGGUUGGAAAAAUGUUACGAUAUAUUACUGGAGUGAUUCUACAACAGUGCUUGCAUGGAUAUUACGGGAAGAAAAUUGGUCUGUCUUCGUUAGGAAUAGAGUUCAAGAGACAAGGAAGUUGAGUAAUCCUACAUCAUUGAGACACAUACCUGGUGAUAAGAAUCCGGCAGAUUUACCUUCCAGAGGCUGCAAGGCAAAAUAUCUAGUCUCCCUAAGAUGGUGGGAAAGUCCACAAUGGAUGAAAAAUGCUUUUGAAUUUCAAAACAUUAUGGGUUCCCCCAACCAUGAUUGGGAUGAAGAAGAGAUUAGAAAGGAAAAGUCUAAGACGACUCAUAUAUUAUCAAAUAAUGAAGCCUGUGGUGUUGCAAACUGGUACUACAGAUAUUUUUCGAACUAUGCUAGAAUAGUUCGUCUUGUUGCAUGGAUCCUCCGCUUCAAGAACAACUGCAAAAAUAUAACUGAGAAGAAGCAUGGUGAAUUAACAGCUACAGAAUUUCAGGAAGCAGAAAUUCUGUAG